AUGGAUUCUACAAAUCAAGACUUAAUACCUAAAUCAUUGAGCAAUGUCAAACAUAUAAUAUUAAUUAUGUCAGGUAAAGGCGGUGUAGGUAAAAGCUCCAUAGCUACCCAAUUAGCUUUAAGUUUAGCAGGUGAACAUAAUCUAAAGGUAGGUGUUUUAGAUAUAGAUUUAACGGGGCCUUCUAUUCCCAGAAUGUUCGGUUUAGAAAACAAACAGGUUUUACAAUCAACCAAAGGCUGGUUACCCGUAAAACUACCAAAUAAUGGUAACAAAGGCUCGAUUAAAGUUAUGUCUUUGGGUUUUCUAUUAAAUAACCGUGGUAAUAGUGUUGUUUGGAGGGGUCCUAAAAAAACAGCUAUGAUUAAACAAUUUAUUUCAGAUGUUUAUUGGGGUGAUGCCGAUGAUGGUUUGGAUUACUUAUUGAUAGACACGCCGCCGGGCACUACAGAUGAACAUAUCUCCAUAGUUGAAGAAUUAAGAUUUUUCCAAUCAGUUGUAGACGGUGCUAUUGUUGUCACAACUCCACAAAACGUUGCCAUUUCUGAUGUUCGCAAGCAGAUUAAUUUCUGUAAAGCUGUAGAUUUGAAGAUUAUUGGGAUAAUCGAAAAUAUGUCGGGCUUUGUUUGCCCUUAUUGUGAGGAGUGUACUGAUAUAUUUUCUAGUGGUGGAGGUUCAGCUUUGGCUAAAAAUUUGAAUAUAAGAUAUUUGGGUGAUAUUCCAAUAGAUCCUAAAUUUGUCGAACUAAUUGAAACACAAAGCUGUAAUCAGGAUAACACUAAGAAUGAAAAAGAAAAUGGGGGUCCAAAUUUAAUAAAUGAGUACAAAAAAUUAACAACGCUAUCAAGAAUAUUUAGUAAGAUAACCUGUGAAAUUAUAAAUUAUCCCCCAAAAAAAUAA